AUCCGAUCCGUUCAUGCUUCGAUCUCGCCUCGCCAUCGCAUUUUUCGGGUCGAUUCGUCAACCGCGCAACGGACACGAUCCCGCCCAGCCCACCGAGCACACUGGCCGCUUCAAGGGCUAGCGGUGUCGGGCCGCAAUGAUACGCCGUGCCGGGCAGAUCUGCCGGGCGUGCGCUGCAUACCCACGGCGUAUACCAUGGCCCCUCGAAGCAAAACGGGUUGUAAUACACCCGCAGCACGCAAGAACCAUAACCAUUCACCAGGUCCCGCCCGGCGAUGCUGCUGUGACGACCGAGUCGGCAACAACCAACCCAGAUCAUGCGGCGCACAACGAGCUGCUGGAUCUUCCCCGCCAGAAAAUAAUAACCCGCGACGGGCCCUCGCCCGACUCCGAAACCGCUCCAUCGCCGACCCGGCGCCGACGGCGGACUAAACGUCGGGAAGGACUUGGAGACGACAUAGACUCGGGCGGCGAAACGCAUUGGAGGUUCCCCAGCGCCGAGGUCCGUUUCCGGUACCACCUACCAUGGCUGGUUGUCAGGCACAAGACCACGGGCAAGAAUUUCGACUCCCUCGUCGGUCAGUUCCGAGUCUGGGACAACCACAUGAGAGCCGCCUUCCAGCGUCUGGACGGUUCCGCCACGGAGGCCCCGCGCGCCUCGAAAUCCACAAGGGGGAUCCUGAAGACGUACGAAGGGCUCCUGGCGUUGAAGACUGUCGAGGAGAUGAGGUCGUCCUGGCUCGCGAUCGCGCCUGAGAAACGGGAACAGGACUGGUUGUACUUGAUGAAAGCCGUCGUAGACUUCCGACCGGAGAGCGCCGCGUUGGUGCUAGAGGCCACCGUCGAGCCGUCAACCACGCCAGGCUGGGCCGUGGCGGACGUCUUCGCCUUCCUCAACAGGUGGUCUUCGACGCUGCCGGACGACGGUCGGAGACACCAACAAGCCCGGCUUCCCGGACUGCUUCUUCACCUCCUCCGGAACAGUCCCCCUAAUCAUUACCAGUUCCAUCAGUGGGCCCUGGGUCAGACGCUCUCUGUCUGUGAACCAGACACGGCAGCCGAGAUAUAUUCGGCGCUCCGGCGGUACAACCACUACAUCCACUAUAACACCAAGCUCAAGAUCGCAGGCUGUCUUACGCGGGGCUCCAAAUACAAGCUCGCCGCGCUCCGCGUCUUCGAGGAGGUUUUAAAGGACCCCCACGUGGACGUCAACGAUCGCCGUUGCGCCGCCUUGGCCACGGAACUCUUCACACUGCCCCAGAGCUGGAAAGACGGCCGCGAGUCACCCGUAGAGGUGCAGUUGCUGGCCGAAGCAUUCGAGCGCGUGGUGGGCCUCGGCCUCUCCCCAAACGUGGUGACUUACACGGCCAUGAUCCGUUCCCUGUGCUUAACCAACCAGCUGGGCACGGCCUGGAAGAUCUACGAUGUCAUGCGCAGCCACGGGACAACGCCGGAUCCGCACGUCUUCUCGAUCCUCCUGAAUGGAGCCAAACUCGCCAUCAGCCUUGACUCGACUGUCCGGGUCGUCGAGGAGGCGACACCUGAUACCUUCCGGAUACCCUACUUCUGGAACGACAUAAUCCACACCAUCCUUUUGGCUGCGGCGGAAGAAGCCACCUCCCGACCAGUCAUGCACGGUCAGCCGAUCGCCAUCCCUGCUUUCUCCUCCAUGCUCCGAGUCUAUGCCAAGUUCUUCAGGCUCGAGCCCUUGCAAGGACUUGUGCAGACCGAUCUGCAGGAGAUCCUCGCGCAGGACGACGACCCGAGUCGUCAGCUUGAGCUGAAUUGGAAACAAAAGUUAGCAGUCCUCGUCGACCAACUACCCGUGUCCUCGCCGGAGGAGCUCGUAGAGCCUGGCGUCGAUACCCUGGGCAUCAUGCUGCUGGGCUACAUCAAGAGCUUUUCCACCCCGCAACCGGUCCUCUCGUUCUACUCGCACUUCCGCAAGUUGCUGAAGAGUCGAGACCCGAUCGCCAUCGGCCUUGCGAGCCACAGUACGCUCCCGUACGACGUCGUGCUCAAGUCCCUGACAGACAACCCCGGCAUGCUGCGCGUCGGCAUCGACAUCGUCAACGAUAUGCUCAGGGAUGCCGCCGCCUCUGCCGCCGCCCUCAAAGCUCGGCCAGCCGAAUCCGACCCCACGCCCCCCCCUGCACCACCACCAACAACAACCAGCGGGCCAGGCGCCGGUCCAGAGGCAGUGGAGCAGCAGACAGACAAGGCGACCACCAGCACAGCCACCACCGUCACCACCACCUCCGCCGCCGCCGCCGCCGCCGCCACCGAAGAAGAAGAAUCUAGCCUCCCCGCCUUCCAUCAUCCGCCACCCAGCGUCUACACCUGGUCCAUCCUCCUGCUCGCCUUCUCCAAGCAGCGGAACCUGCGCGAGGUCGAGCGCCUCAUCCAGGCCAUGCGCCGCCACGGCGUGGAGCCCAACCGGGUGACGUGGAACACCCUCCUGACGGGGCACGCCAAGCGCGGGAACGAGCGCGGCGUCGUGGCCGUGGUCGACCGGCUCGACGCCGCCCGCUACCACCCGGACCGCUACACCGUCACGGCCGUCGGCAAGCUGCACCGGCCCGAGCGGGCGCUCACUCACCUCGAGGAGCGCGCCGCCGCGCGCGAGGGCGAGCGCUGGGCCGAGGUCGAGGAGGCCGCCGUGGUGCCGGAGCCGGGCCGGAGCCUGUGGCCGCCGCGGCCGCUCGUCAAGAAGCAGGGCAGCAGCAGCAGCAGCCGCGGCGGCGAGAAGGUCCCGCUGCGGCUGGGCAAGCGCAUCGACAAGUUCAGGCAGAGGCUCGCCAAGGAGCGGGCGGAGCUGGAGGCCAAGAUGCAGCAGGAGCGCCGGCAGGCCGAGACGGCGCUGGAGAAGGCCAAGCGGGAGGCCCGCGAGACGCGGUCCCGCGUGCAAGAGGAGGAGUGGGCGGCGCGGGCCAGGCCGCCGCCGCCGCUGCCACUGGCCGAGGGCGGCGCCGGGGAGGAGGAGCAGGCCCAGGAGGAGCAGGCGUCGUCGACCGCCGAGGCCGACGGUGCCGGCGUGUCGGACGCGGCCGUGGACUCGUACCUGCGCAUGUACGACGAGCUGGUCUUCAUGCGGACGCACAACGAGCUGCGGGAGAUCAAGGAGAGCAUCAAGGAGGACCAACAACCGACGGUCAGGAGGGUGCAGACAGAGAAGGGGAAGUACCCGCCGCGCUGGGAUUCUUACGCGCGGAGGCCGCUCGGUCUGAGCGUAGGCCUCGAGAGAGCCGAGGCGGAGACGGCGUCGGAUGGAACAGGGACACCGACACCGCCGCCGCCGCCGGAUGAGGCACCGGCGACUCGGGAGGAAGCAGAGUUGGAAGCGGCAGGUGAACCACGUCCUUCCGAACAGCAGGCUAGAGAGUGACCGGAGGGAACAAACAGACGCACAUUACAAGUGGAGGCGGUGAAAGAAGAGAGGACGGACGCGCCGCCUCACAAGGAGUAAAUACCGCAAAAUGAUGUGUACUAUUUUCCUUGUACUUUAUAUAUGUAUAUAUAUAUAUAUUACGCUAUCCAUCAUCG